GCAGGGGUAGGUCUGUGGCCAUGGGGGCGUCCGCCCGGCUGUUGCGCGCGGUGAUCAUGGGAGCUCCGGGCUCGGGCAAGGGCACCGUGUCUUCGCGUAUCAUCAAGCAUUUCGAGCUGAAGCACCUCUCCAGUGGGGACCUGCUGCGACAGAACAUGCUGCGAGGCACAGAAAUUGGUGUGUUAGCCAAGCCUUUCAUUGAUCAAGGGAAGCUCAUUCCAGAUGAUGUCAUGACUCGGCUGGCCCUUCAUGAGCUGAAAAAUCUCCCUGAGCACAGCUGGCUGUUGGAUGGUUUUCCAAGGACACUCCCACAGGCAGAAGCUCUGGACAGAACUUAUCAGAUAGACACCGUGAUUAACCUGAACGUACCCUUUGAGGUCAUUAAGCAACGCCUUACUGCUCGCUGGAUUCACCCAGCCAGUGGCCGUGUCUACAACAUUGAGUUCAACCCUCCCAAAACUGUGGGCAUUGAUGACCUGACCGGAGAGCCUCUCAUUCAGCGUGAGGACGACAAGCCAGAGACGGUCAUCAAGAGACUGAAGGCAUACGAGGCUCAAACGGAGCCGGUCCUGGAAUAUUACCGGGAAAAAGGGGUGUUGGAAACGUUCUCUGGAACAGAAACCAAUAAGAUCUGGCCCAGCGUAUAUGCUUUCCUACACACAAAGAUUCCAGAAACACACCAGAAGGACUCCGUCACUCCAUGAGGAGAAACGCACAUCACCAGGAAGAGAGCAGGAGCUGCUUGUGCUCACCUCCAGAAACCCCUCUGCCUAGGGCUCCAGCACGUGUGAAUUCUUUGGAAAUUGUGUCUUAUGUCUAGUAUUUUUGGGGGGAUACUACUAAGGAUGUGCCAAAUGAUCAAAUAGAAAAGAUUCAUCUUUUAUGACCCUCUAAUAUGUUUUAUCCAGUUAUCUUUUAUAGGUUAUUCAAGAACAGCAGGAUGGCUAAUCUUUUGAAAACCUGGGGAAAGCAAAAAUGUGAAAGUCAUUGAUAGCAAUCAUUUUGUUUGAUAAAGACAAGUAUUUGAUAAGAUUUUCAGUUUUCUGGAAAAGUUUAGUCAUUUCUGGCACCGUGGGACAUGGUUUUGUGAGACAUUCUAUUAAAUUAUAGAAAAAAAAGCAACUGGA